AGAAUGCUUUGAAAAUUUGUGCAUGAGGCUAGAAAUAACUAGUACAAUUAAAAUGCUCAAAGCAAUCAAGAUUCAUCAAGACUGAUAAAUAUUUCCCUUCUCCAACUCAUCAUUAACAGGAUGUAUAAAAUAUUGAUCAAGCCAUUAGCUCAUAUUACACAAACGGUAGUUUUUAGUCUUUUUAAAAAAUAGUAUGAUUCAGUACUUCGGGUUAAUGCAAGCUAAAAUAAUGCUUCUUAGUUUUCUAAUCUUUUAAUGCUAGGAACUAACGAUCUACAUAACCACAAAUUGAUUAUUUUAUUUUUGACUAAAUAAAAAAUAUGCACACCAGAUGAUUCGUUGCAAAAUGUGUUGAUAAGUCUACUACUGCAAAUUGUGUUAUGUUAUAACAGUAAUCUUCUAGAUGGCUGAGUAUUCAGUGGU